AUGAAUUUUAAAAUUUUGCAGGUAUGGUUCCAGAAUCGUCGUAGCAAAGAGAGGAGGAUGAAGCAGCUACGGUAUGGAGGAUACAGACCAACAAGGCGCAGUCGAGCUUCUGCUCGGGAUGACCUUUGUGUUCCACAAGGUGACCUCUACUCGCACGAUGGCACUGCUGAUGGCUUCUAUGGUCACCCGCCAUUGUCAUUUUUCUGUGAUGGCUACGGGCCUCCCGGUCCGGAUGGACCACCGCCAGCAGCGUUACCACAUCCGUCAUUUAUCAUUCCAUCCGACUCACACCGAGCGCAUGUUGAUCAAACGAAUCCCGGUAUGCUUGAAAAUAUGCCUUAA